CCUGUUGCUCCCCUUAUGGUUUGCAAGCGUCAGCAGAUACAGAAGGUGAAAACAUAUCCAUUUCCGGUUCAUCGCAAAGUUCGCAAGGGCAUGGAAACGGAGGAAAAACACGAUGUUUCUCAGUAUUUGACGGUGUUACGUCGUGCAAAAUCUGAUAAUGAGAAGUUUGCAGCUUUGCUUAUGGUUGCCAAGACAACAAAGGACAAGUCAUGUGAUGUAAGCAUAAAGCGAGAAAUUCUUGAUGCAGUUGGAGGGAAGUUCUUCUCAAGGCUUCUAAAAACUAACAAAGUACCAGAUGAUUGUCCACCAAACAUCUACAAGAAUGUGGCAAUGUCAGUGCUGUCUGCCUUGUGUACUGAACCAGAAGUUGCUAACAGUCCAGUUCUCACAGAAAAUGUUACAAGCUUUAACAACAUUGUUCUUCUCAAUCCCGGAGAAGAGGAAGAUAAACAACUGGUAGAUGAUACCUAUGACUGUUUCAACAGCUUAUGUCAGUCAGAGCUUGGGUUGGAAUUUCUCCUCAAGGCUAAAUCUGUGUCUACUUUCUGCCAAGCUGUUAUCUCACAGAGCUAUGGUUUUGAGAAGGCACAUGAGCUGAUAUGUUGUGUGGUGUCAUGUUUUGGACCAGAUACAUGGAAUGGAUGUGAGCAAGCCUACCAUUCAUAUGUCAACUUCCUUGGGCGACAGUUUCUUGAGGAUGAGACAUUACACAAGUUUGAGAUGUGUAAAACACUCGUGUUCCUGCUGUCAGCUGCCCCCAAUGAUAAGGAGGAGACAGUGGAGCCGCCAUGGAUACGUCCAAUUGUUAGAGGUCUUGAUAAUAUACUGAGGAGCAAAAUUGGUCCAACACAGAGAGAACCUGCUCUAAAGCUAGCAUCUAUGAUGGUACAAGUGUGUGGUAUAUACUCUAUACAGCCACCUUACACAUAUGACUUUAAACUGUUCCUGCUCACUACACAUCUAUGCUGUGUAGAAGUAAGAAUGGUCCUGGAAGAUCAAGAUCUAACACUGGCUUCAGAUAAAGGGAGAUUACUGUCAUCAUGUUAUACAUUCUUGGAAAACGUGAUUAAUCAUCUGACAUCAGGGGCCACAAUUGAUAUUGAUGAUCGGCAAGUGAUGCAGCUGCACUGUGCAAUGGUGGGAGCCUUUGGUGCAGUGAUACACUUCCUAAAACGUGUUUCCAUAGAUACAAAUGUUCAGUGGAAUAGUAUUAUACUGGCUACUGUACGAGUGCUGGGAGCGUGGAUGGCUGAGGAGACAUCAGCAUUGAGGGAGGAAAUUUAUGAGCUUAUACCUUUCUUAAUACAGAUCAGUAAAAUGUGCAUACCCCCUGACAAAAUAAGAAAUAAAGCUAUUGAAUCCAGUAUUACACAAGGGGAAAACAGCGAAAUUGAUACAGAGAACAAAACCGCACUAGAAAGUGAAUCAAAAUCGAAUAAGGACCUGGAUAGUAAUGAGAAUAUCAAAGACAGUGUUGAACAAAUGGUUGUGGACAGCAGUGAAGAUCUCAAUAAGAAAAUGAAUGGUGUGACAGUUUCAGACACUGUUACUGAUAAAGAUAAUGGUUCUAUAGACAAAGUAGAAUGUAAUGGGGAAAAUGUAGCUUUAAGUAAGGGAUCAAAAGAUGAGGAAACUGCAUUAGAACAGUCAGAUAGUCAGGGUGGUAAGGAAGAAGAUAAAAAAACUGAUAAUGAAAAAGAUCAUGAAAAUUCAGGGACUGAAAAUGUUGAAAAUGAUAAAGAUUCUGUUGAAGAAGUAAAUUCUGUUGAGAACGCAAAGAGAAUAAGUGACUCUAGGCUAGAGAAGGAAGUUCUUAAUGUUGCAGAACUUCAAGAACUGCAUGAAAAGGCAGAUAUUUUACAUUUUCUGUUGCCUGCAUUGUGCCAUCUGACGGCGGAGGAAGAACCUCGACAUGUCCUGUUGAACUGUGGAGGUCUAGGUGUGCUUGAUUUGUACAUGUGGCGGCAGUGGGAGAGACUAGUUGAACAAGAAAACCUUAGAGAAACAUUGUCCAGUUUGGUGAUCUUGUGUAAUAUAUUCCUGAACUUGAUCAUAGUGGAGCCAGCACUGGUACCAGAAAACCAGGAAUUCUGUCAUAUACUGCUCCUUGUCUGUAAGGGUAUACACGUUGUUGAGCUUGAUCCAGAUUAUAUAGUGUUAUGGUCACAUAUGAUAACACUGGGGUUGAUGCUGAUCAGGGCCCUGCACUCUAACAUUGACGAGUUUCUAGAGAAGGACAGUGUGGACAGAUUCUUUGUGUCCUCUAUACGAUUCCUGAGUGGGGCGUACACGGCCAAACACAAGAAGAGACAAGCUACACUAGACAUCAUAGAUACAUACAAAAUGGCAUGGGAACAAAUAUCACAGACAUGGUUCCUCAGUAUGCAAGCAUUUGCAUACUGCGUGUCUGCAUAUCCAGAUUUACCCGGCAUCGUCUUAAAAACUGCUUGGUUACCUGGCCUUCUAAAAACACUCACAGACGUUAAGGCAAAUUCUGUUGCUGAGGAAACUAGGAGUUGUUUCUUGCUGUUGUUAACGGCAGUUGCUAAGGUGAAUAAGUCAGCAAAAUCUGUGAUAAGAGAGAAAGGAGGACUGGAUCUAGCCAGAUCAUUCAAGUCCCCAGAGUUACAAGAAAUCCUUCAAGCAUCAUAAACCAUAGAAACAUCUACCACUGGUAACCAUAGAAACAUCAACCACUGGUAACCAUAGAAACAUCAACCGCUGGUAACCAUUUAAAAGGAAGAAGAAGCCAUUGUUCAUUUUAUUCAAAGGCCUGCUGCCAUAUUCCACAGAGCUGAGUGUUCAAAUAUCUACUUGAAGAACAUGAUAGUUAUAUAAGAUGUGUGUUUGAUAAAAGAUAUCAGAGACUGAGUCUGUCAGUACAUUGUUACCUGUACAGUCAUACCUGUCUAUAAAGGCUACAGUUGGGACAACCCAAGUUAAGAUUAAGUUAGAAAUUGAAUAAAUGGUCUUUAAGGCCAGUUAGUUUUUGUUAACGGGUGAUGUUUAACCCAGAGUUAACUGCAUAAUUAUCUUUAUUGUUGUGAUGAAAACAGUUUAAACAAACACCUCCAUUUGAAACAACCAGUACAGUAAAAAAUUAGGUUGCUCAAUGAUACAAAUUUUGGGCAGCCCAAAUAUUGACUAUUUUUAAAUGGUAUAUAUAUAGAAACAACAAAUACUUAAAAGUUUUAUAUUUAUUUAUCAGAUUGAUUUUGUUUUAUUUUUUCCACUUUUUAAAAAAAAAAAUGUGCUCAGUUUUCAGCACAUGCUCAGACUCCCAAUUUUGGUCUCCAAAAUAUCUUCCCAGCCCUGCAAAAGGAUAUUAUAAGUACAUUUGUAAGUGCAUAGUUGAUUCAAUCUGAUGCAGACAAUUACCGAUGUAGGAAGCUUUUUUUAAUCUAUCAUCAAUAAACAAUAUCAUUAGCGUCUCAAAUACAUCAACAUACAAACAGUUUACAUAAUUGGAGAAUAUAUCCGGGCAAUUCUCACAGCGUGCAAACGUUUUGAAUUAUCUGUUCCAUCCUGAUUGAGAAAUGAGCAGAAAUUAUUGAAACAUGUGCUCAAAUUUAGGAAUAGAUUAAUACACAGAGAAUAGGUAACAUGCUCAGGCAACCAAGUUAUAGGCUUUUAAUCCAGCCAUAGUAAUUUCAUAUAGAAAGUCAAAAAAUGAUAGCCCAGACUCAAGUGGGCUUGGUUGCUGAAGUCAUCUAGUAUGCUAAAGCAAGUAGUGUUUCUCUGUAUUGAUUUGCAUACAUAUAAAUACACAGAUUGGUUUGUAUUGUGAAUAUACAGAUGCAAUACAAAUUCUCUACAGAGUGUUCUACUGGAAACAUUUAAGUGAAAAUCUCUUCUGUGUGCUUCUUUAUUACAUGCAGAAACAGUACUUCUGCCCUUUUACAACACUUUAUUAUAGAGGUGUUUGCUCUUUGGAGGUGGCGUAAACCGAGAUCAUACUGAAUUCUUCAAUUUGAAAAUAAGAAAAUUAAGGUGGAUUUAUAUUUGGCCUUGUGUGUUGAACCAUGUAUUUAUUGAACCUCAUGUAAUUAUGCCCCCCUUCGAAGGAGGGGUAUAUUGUUUUGCAGAUGUAAGUCGGAAUGUAGACUAAUCCGUUUCUAGAUGAUAAAUCAAGAAUGCUUUGGCCUAGGAACAUGAAAGUUGAUAGUGAGGUUGGUCAUGACCAGCAGAUGACCCCUAUUGAUUUUGAGGCCAGUAGGCUAAAGGCCAAGGUCACAGUGACCCAGAACAGUUAAAUCAUUUCCAGAUGAUAAUUUGAGAACACUUGGGCCUUGGAUCAGGAAACUUAAUAGGGAGGUUGAUCAUGACCAGCAGGUGACCUCUAUUGAUUUUGAGGUCAGUAGGUCAAAAGGUCAAGGUCACAUUGACCCAGAACAGUAGAAAUUUUGGUUACAGUGAUCAAAUAAUUUCUGUUCCUUGUGCAAUUACUGAAUGCAUCAAUGGGGGGGGGGCAUUUCAUAUUCUACAAGCUCUAGACUUGUUGAUUAUAGUUUGAUAAGGAUUUCAGCCGAUACCAUAUGAUCUACAAAUUCAGAAUUUCCUUAGUUAAGAGGAUUUGACAUAAUUCUGUUACAUUGUAUAGAAAAAAAACAAAACCAUCUUUAUGAUUUUUCUGUUAGAUAUUUAUUUCAGUAAAUGAUUUAACCAACUACAAAAGAGUGUGUUUACUUAAUGAGAAAUAGGCACUUGAAAUAAACAUUGCUCAAGAUUUCUUGAUGUCAGGGUCUAAGGUUAUAAUAAGUUUGAAGACCAGUCAAAAAGUUCUAGCACCUGAUUUGUUGUUUUGAGCACAGUUUUACAACUGACCAAUGGCAAGGCUGCAUUUCUAGGCUGGUCUACAAACUUGAGUCUAUUAUCUUGAACCAGUUUUUUGUUACAUCUGUUAAGAGAUUUUGAUAUGUAUAUUUUUGCACUUGUUCUUCAAUGUUGCUAUUGGAUAUUUAUAUAACUUUUAUGUGUUUUUAACUAAUGCAGAUUUUUGAUUGUAAAGUAUUUGUUUUUUGAUUGUUGUGGAUUUUCAAAUAUUAAAACAUCAGAAAAAAUAA